AUGUUGAGAUCUUUCUUAACGGCCGCAAUAGGUCUAUCGGCCAUCGGCAGCUUAGCUGUCGUAUCAGCUGCACAGCCAGCGAACGUACUGAGUAUGUGUGGCGCAGACUAUGCGACGUUGUUCGACACCGACUUCAACGCAGUUUCCGCUAAUACCAACUGCAACGACGCAUACGUUGAGAUACCUGAGGGAUGGGAAAUAGCCGCCGCAGACGAUCUGAAUGUGCCUUUUAUCCUCGGGAAAACGUCUUCCUUUGGAGUGGAUGCUCUGGUUCUAGCCGAUGGUCAUGCCUAUCAUCAUGACAACAAGGGUGUGGCCAAGUUGGACGCUAUCCACAUUCAGGAUAACACAGUGAAGGUUGUAUCGUGUGCCACUUCCACUGCAGUUCUGAUUCGAAAGGUGACAGCUAAAGCGACACAGACAGACUACACGAUUAGAAUGAGAACUCUCAUCCUCUCCACCAACGAGGCUGUGCAUCAGUCGGUCAUCAACAUCUACCUGGGCUUUGGUGCCCCGUACACACUAGUUGACUUGCACGAGAACUCGUUACCCGCCAUGCAGGACAGCACUGGACCGUUGUUCAAUGCCAUUGUGCUGACUUCCGCUGAGCUGAUGAUGGCAGGCGACAACGCCGGAGAGUAUAUGCCUGCACUAGACGGUGAGGGAUGGUCACAGCUGUACGAGUACGCCGAGACGUAUAAUGUGCGCAUCACUGUGAUGCACACCACCCAGAACGCCGACACUGCGCUGCUUGGCACAGGGGAAGGCACAAGUGAUGCACAAGUCAUUGAGUGGCUGGACAACCCCAUGUCACUGUCUCUUAAUGACUCUGUGCCCCUGACUGCAAAGUUGCCACUCGGCCAAGGCGAGAGUUGGGUCUAUCCCGUCAAAAUUAGUUCCGGGUCACGCCACAUCCUGCCCUUCAUGAAGUUCCAGGGUGAUACUGGAGUCGCAGGUUUUAUUCGCCAGUGCUACAAUCGAGAUGAGAUGCAUUUCACCUUCGCUCCCAAUCAGUUCUUCAACAGCACCUACGUGAUUGGAGACGUAUGGUUUCACUGGGUAAACAAGGGAGUAUACCUUGGUCAGCGUCGUGUGCUACUAUCUCCUCAGGUCGACGAUGUCUUCCUGGCCACCGAGUAUUACAAUAUCGAGGCGAAUCGUCAGGCUUUGGAUGGAGAACCCAUGCACAGAGCAAACGCAACGGAUAUGAUCAUUCUCCGAGACUUUCAGAAGAAAGUCAAUGCCGAUAAUCCGGGAUGGGAUAUCAGAUAUGAGUUGGCCAUAAAUGGACAAGGAUGGGGAGAGUUUGCGACUUUCAACGGGGACCUUGACGUUCCCUUGGACAACAUGAACGACAAUCUCCUAGAGUAUCGUGAUGAUUUCUUCUGGGUGACACACACCUGGAGUCAUAUGGACUUGUACUGCAUCGAAAGCAAGUGUGAAGAAUUAGGAUAUACACCAUACAAUGUGUCCUUCGAAGAAUUGAAUCUCAACGUCGAAUUCGCGCAAUCCACUCUGUUCACCGGGAUCAAGUACAGCAACGGUACCGUAGGUGAGCGCCUGGUCGAUCUAAACAACAUCUGGAAUUGGAGUCCCGAAUCAAUUGUGACUCCCCGUAUAUCGGGUUUGAACAGAUCCGAAUCAAUCCAGGCCAUGCUGGACUUUGGAAUCAAGACUGCUGUUGGAGACAAUACACGAACGGACUUGCAGGCUCCCAAUCCUUACCAUACUUUCAUGACCGAAGUUGGUGGUCUGACUACUAACGAGAAGAUGCAUGUAAUUGCGAGAUAUGCCACACGUGUCUACUUUGAUGUAUCUCUUCCUGAAGAGAGCGUGGCUGAGUUCAACAGUUUCUACGGACCCCACUGCUACGGUUGGAAUGAAGAAGGUCCCAUUGUAUUCAAAGGUCGCAAGUGUAACACCACAUCGUUCCGAUACGAUCGUGACUUAGAAUUGAACGAAAUCAUGGAUAUCGAAGGCGCUUCGACGGCUCUGAAUCUUUUCAAGAAACGUGCGGAUCCCUACAUGUUCCAUCAAGCGAACAUGAAGGCCUUCUGGUGGGAUGGAGAGCACCAGUCUCUGCUCUCAAUGUGGACCAAGCACGUCAUCAAGUCUUACAGAGAAUUCAGUAACCUGCCUGUAAUCACUAUGAAGAUGGACGAUCUUAGAAAGCAUUACGACGAAAGAGCUGCGCGUGAUAACUGUGGCAUAGACGCACGUCAAAUCCACAAGUCUGGCUCUGCGACUGUAGGUCUAAGAGUGCGUACAUCAAACGCGUGCAAGGUUAAACUUAGUCGAUCAACCGGUGCAACUAUGCAGUUCGGGACAAGUAGGAGACGAGCCACAGAGACGGAUGGCUAUGGCUUCGAUGAGACACUGAGUAUAGACUCAUCUGCCGCCGGUGCUGACCAAACUGUGGAGGUACCGUCUUGCGGCAGUCGUUGCGACCCGUACCCGCAAUCUCGUGCCGCCACACCCGUAGACGACGCCGAGUUCACUGUUCCCGACAGCCAAAUGGAUGACUUCUACACCACUGAAGAACCGGUUGAACAAGGGCCUGUACCCACGGACUUCGACCCAGCUGGAUCCCCCUACCCUUCUAUUGUCGGCGAGGACGCAAAUCGGAAGUCUGAUAGCGGAGUACCCGCGUGGGCCAUUGGGGUGGCUGUGGCGGGCGCCAUCUUUUGCUUUGGACUGUUUGUAGCCAUCAUCGUCAUUUGCAAACGUAAACGCGACCGACAGAAAAAGCUUGCCGCCAAGCAACUCGCCGUUAACCGAUACGAAACUACUCAACCCAGUGUUUCUUCUUGUUGAGUGGAGAAUAUGUUGUCAAAUUACAUCUUUGGAAUGUGUUUAUAGGUCUAUACAACAUUUUGUAUGUACAGCAUAUAACUAAAUGCAACAAAGCUGAGGCAUCGGACAUCACAAGCUGAUGUAAUAAUAUUAGAAAUUGCUCAAAAGCUCAGUCAUAUAGCACUCACCGCCCCACACUUUACUACAUAACUAUUUCAAACGAACACACCAAACUAUCACAAUUUGGAAUAAAGGAAAACAUAAAC